UCUACAUGGAUGGAAUUUCCGAACUGCGUCAGAUUCGGUUUCGAAAAUGAACGUAGACUUGCCGAGCAUUGUGAAUAGCCAUUUUCACGUAACAUGCUCUCGUAGCGUUACAGUGUUGUUAUUGUAUUCGUCCGCCGUAGCUGCAGUGCUUAGGAGAACAGUUACCUUCGUCAGUCAACAUCUAGAGUUUAUUAUCGAACCUAGGGCGAGAACAGUUCCGAACAGAGAUCCAGACCCUGGUUCUGGAGCCCUCUUAUUCACUGAAAAUGAAGUUUCUGUACAAAGAAGAACAUCCCUUUGAGAAGAGACGGUCAGAGGGAGAAAAAAUAAGAAAGAAGUACCCAGACAGGGUGCCAGUGAUUGUGGAAAAAGCUCCUAAAGCCAGAAUAGGAGAUCUGGACAAGAAAAAGUACCUGGUCCCCUCUGACCUUACAGUGGGCCAGUUCUACUUCCUCAUCCGGAAACGAAUUCACCUGCGUGCUGAGGAUGCUCUCUUCUUCUUUGUGAACAAUGUCAUUCCCCCCACAUCAGCCACCAUGGGGCUACUCUACCAGGAACACCACGAGGAAGACUUUUUCCUCUACAUUGCGUACAGUGAUGAAAGUGUCUAUGGAGGGGGCAUAAGGGAAAUGUGACACCUCCACCUCACCCCACCAAAUACCUAGACUCCAUUCAGAUUCAGUCAGCUAGAAUCCACCAGCUCAGAGAUAUCAAAUGCAAUUCCAUGUCCUUUUCUCUCUGUCUCCUCGACCCUCCUGUACUGUUCCUGCAUACCCCUUCCCUCCCAUCCCUAUAUCACUGUUCAGGCAGUCUGAAUUGUAUUUCUCUCCUGUUCUCUUAUAUUACUCUUUCAGCCUUAAUGUUCACCGCUGAAGAGAUUGGUAGUCUUGAGAGUUCCUGAGCUGCUAUCGCAGACCGAGGUCCGUGCCAGUACUAGUCUUUCAUAACAGUAAAAUCUAGGAUUAAGCUUAAGGUGAAACAAAAACAGAGGUGCUUUCGACCUCUUCAAUUCAGUGUAGCAGGAUACCAUGCUUAUGUAUGUAGGCUACCUGAAUGACAACUUAAAAUAAGAUUACUUUAGUUUGAGACUGACUGAAGCUUAAAUUUAGACAGAAUGAACAGCCAUGUUUCUGCUUUUCAUCAUGGUUCUGCUUUAAUGCUACAAUUAUUCUUAUUCUUAUUAUUGGGUACUAUUCUUUUUUUAUUGUUUGCAGAGUUUUUUUCCCUUCUAUUAUGAUUAUUUUAUUUUAACUCUGUAUGCAGCUGUGUUGCUGGAGCCAUCCACUCAAAACCAUUUAUAAACUUGAGAAAGACAAA